AUCAUUUUUCUUCUCCGGCCCCAUGGAGGAAGUGAGAAAGUUGGCACGAUCACCCAGGGCUUCGCAGGAUCGGGUCAGUCAGUGACAGAUGGACAAUGCAAGAAUGAGCUCCUUCCUGGAAUACCCCAUUCUCAGCAGUGGCGACUCCGGGACCUGCUCAACGCGAGCCUACUCAUCCGACCAUGGGAUUACAACUUUCCAGUCCUGCGCGGUCAGUGCCAACAGCUGCGGCGGCGACGACCGCUUCCUAGUGGGCAGGGGGAUGCAGAUCAACUCGCCCCACCACCACCACCCUCACCAUACCCAGCCGGCCACCUACCAGACUUCCGGGAACCUGGGGGUGUCCUACUCCCACUCGAGUUGUGGUCCAACCUAUGGCGCGCAGAACUUCGGUGCGCCUUAUAGCCCCUAUGCGCUAAAUCAGGAAACAGACGUAAGUGGUGGGUACCCCCCAUGUGCUCCGGCCGUUUACACUGGAAACCUCUCGUCUCCCAUGGUCCAGCAUCACCACCACCACCACCACCACCACCAGGGUUAUGCUGGGGGCGCGGCGGGCUCGCCCCAGUACAUUCACCACUCAUACGGACAAGAGCACCAGAGCCUGGCUCUGGCCACGUAUAGUAACUCCUUAUCCCCUCUCCACGCCAGCCACCAAGAAGCCUGUCGCUCCCCUGUGUCUGAGACGUCUUCUCCAGCGCAGACCUUUGACUGGAUGAAAGUUAAAAGAAACCCUCCCAAAACAGGGAAAGUUGGAGAGUACGGCUACGUGGGUCAGCCCAACGCGGUGCGCACCAACUUCACUACCAAGCAGCUCACCGAGCUGGAGAAGGAGUUCCACUUUAACAAGUACCUGACGCGCGCUCGCAGGGUGGAGAUCGCCGCAUCCCUGCAGCUCAACGAGACCCAGGUGAAGAUCUGGUUCCAGAACCGCCGAAUGAAGCAGAAGAAACGCGAGAAGGAGGGGCUCUUGCCCAUCUCCCCGACCACCCCUCCGGGAAGCGAAGAGAAGGCUGAGGAAUCCUCAGAGAAGUCGAGCUCAUCACCCUGCGUUCCUUCCCCGGGGUCUUCUACCUCAGACACUCUGACUACCUCCCACUGAGGCGCCCCAGCCUCUUGGGCUGGGACUUCUUACCCAAAGCACAUUUUUAGCUUAUCUUUCCUUCCAUUUACGGUCUUCUUCUUCCUUUCUGAUCCUAUCUGUGGAGCUCCUGGUCAGGAUAAUGUAUUUCUAAAGAAUUCUGACCAGAGACUUGUUGACGGUUUAGCCUCUUAAUCCGGAUUGGGUGCCAGCAUCAAUUUUCUGGUGGGCCUUGACAGCCCUCCUACUUUUAGGACAUUUUAACAGAACUUACCGUUCCCUUCAGGUGCCCUUUGGAAAAUAGUUCCUUUUGCCAGCAGAACCAUGCCAGAGGGAAGAAGCUUCUCGUUUUUUAUCUAACUGUAUGUUUACAGUUCACCCCUACCUUGCCCUUAAAAGUAGAAUGUAGGGAAAGGAGAAAGUCCUGGAGCCCAUGAAGAAGAGAUGCACUAUGUGUUUACACACUUAAUCCAUCCCUUAAUUUAAUUCAAUUUCAUGUAUGUGAGUUUGCUGGUUGUAAAUACUUUGUCCUGAGAGAUUUAUCUUUAUACAGAUUUUCUAGAAAUGUUUAGGUAACUGAAACAGGGUUGGCAAACUCUCAAGUAUGGAACAAUUUUAUAUAUGAUUAUAGGUGAAAGAAUAAAUUCCCUCACUUAAACCCAAUCAGAUGCCUCAGAGGGUAGCUUCAAUUUGUUCUUUCAGUUAGUUAAGAUGGCCUGGAGAGCACAAGGUUCAGAAACCUGGUUUCUUGUGUUGAGUCUCCCCAUAUUCCUACCUUUUUAUUCUGGGGACAUCAUCCAUUCAUAAUUUGUGCUGGAUUAUUCUAAACAUAAAGGUGUUAUUUAAACCAACAGUUAUCUUAGCUGGAUAUGAUGUAUUUUCAAAGCUAAAUUGUUAAUGUGAUGGAUGGCACAAUGGAUGUAUUUUUUGUGUGAUUCGUGAAUAGUCUUUUGCAUGUCGCACAAUGUUUUGAUGUCACUGAAGUACUACACUGAGUUCUAUCAGUUAUCCUUUGUGAGCCUAUGACACUCCCCAUUUCCUGUACAAUCAUGAACAACUCUGAGAUCUUGGAGUAAUGUGAUCCAGAGCAGAGUUUACGGGUCCUCGGUUGUCUGUAAUAAAUAUAU